AUGGAUUGUUUCCGGAAGGAAGUAACAUUACGGAGUCUAGGACAACCCAAAGUAAUCUUCCGAGGAGAACGUAGAGUCCUCUGUACUUGUCUUAUCUCCGCUAUCACAGCCAAGAGGUUACUCAAGAAGGGGUGUGAGGGAUACUUAGCCCACAUUAUUGACACUCGUGAGAUCACCCUGAAUCUGGAAGAUAUCCCCGUUGUUAGUGAGUUCCUAAAUGUCUUUUCAGAUGAUCUCCUUGGUUUACCUCCUGAAAGGGAAAUCGAGUUCACAAUCGAACUUCUUCCAGGCACCAACCCUAUCUAUCUGACUCCUUACAGGAUGGCACCAACUGAGCUCCGGGAGUUGAAGACUCAGUUGCAGGAGUUAGUGGAUCUAAGAUUUAUCCGACCCAGUGUUUCUCCGUGGUGUGCACCAGUGUUGUUUGUGAGAAAGAAAGAUGGGACCAUGAGGAUAAGAGAAGAGGAUGUUCCCAAGAUCGCAUUUAAAACGCGGUAUGGACAUUAUGAAUUUCUGGUGAUGCCUUUUGGACUGACGAAUGCUCCAGCAACGUUUAUGGAUCUCAUGAACAGAGUGUUUCGACCAUACUUGGAUCACUUUGUGAUUGUGUUCAUAGACGACAUCCUGUGUCGAUUCUGGCUGGACAGAGUGGUAUUCCUUGGACAUGUAAUUUCAGCUGAAGGGAUUUAUGUGGAUCCGCAGAAAGUUAAAGCUAUUGUGAAUUGGGUACAACCCACAAGUAUGACGGAAAUACGGAGUUUUCUAGGGUUAGUAGGCUACUAUCGUCGAUUUAUUGAAGGGUUCUCUUCGAUAGCAGCACAUCUCAUGCGGUUGACAAGGAAAGAUGUCACGUUUGAGUGGACGAAGGAGUGCAAACAAAUUUUUCAGGAGUUGAAGAAGCGGUUAACCACCGCACCUGUUUUGGCUCUUCCAGACAACUCGGGGAACUUUGUGAUCUACAGUUAUGCAUCUUUGCAAGGCUUGGGAUGUCUUCUAUUGCAACAUGAUCGGGUGAUUGCUUAUGCCUCGAGGCAACUCAAGAAGCAUGAGCAUAAUUAUCAUGUCCAUGACUUGGAACUUGCUGCAGUAGUGUUCGCUCUCAAGAUUUGGCAGCAUUACUUAUAUGGUAAGACGUGUCAGGUUUUCAUUAAUUACAAGAGCCUCAAGUACUUUUUCACUCAGAAGGUGUUGAAUACGAGACACGACGUUGGCUGGAAUUGA